AUGAAGUGGACCAUGACUACCAUUUGGUUUUGGAACCUUGCUGUGGCCGAUAUUAUGUGCUGCUUGUGUCUCCCGUUCAGUGUAGUGCAGUUCUUCUACGCAGACUGGCUGUACGGUCCUGUGCUCUGCAAGAUGUUAAACUUCAUCCUUCCUUUUAACAUGUUCGCCAGCGUCUUCACUUUAGUUGCUAUCAGCGUUGACCGUUGCAUCCUGGUUGUUCAACCCAUUUGGGCCAGAAAUCACCGAGGAGUACAAGUGGCGUGGAUGACCUGCUUGACCAUUUGGACAUUAUCCUUCAUUAUGUGUCUACCUAACGCCCUGUACCAAACAUUAUCCACUUCUCAUAACAGAACCUUAUGCUAUUCUGAAGAGCACUCAAUAGAGGUGACUAUAUACAUCAAUAUGGUUUUUGGUUUUCUGCUUCCAUUUCUAAUCAUCUUCGCCUGUUACAUUUCUGUGGCUUUUAUAUUAGACAAUAGAAGAUUUUCAGCAGUUGGUAAUAAAAUCAUCAAGGUGUCUUUAGGUAUCAUAGUGGCAUUUUUCAUCACCUGGGCCCCCUACCACAUCAUGGGUAUAGUCCUGCUGUACAUUGGAAAUGAAGUAGUGGACAUCCUGGACAUACUCUCGCAUUCUCUGGCCAUGUUCAAUAGUUGCAUCAACCCAAUACUCUACGUCUUCAUGGGGAAGGAUAUGAAGGAUAGAGUGAGGCAGUCUAUUGCAGAGCUCAUGCAAAACACGCUUAGUGAAAGCUUAACAAAAACACCAAAUCGCACAUGA